AGAGGAUGUCCGGGAAGCACUACAAGGGUCCUGAAGUCAGUUGUUGCAUCAAAUACUUCAUUUUUGGCUUCAAUGUCAUAUUUUGGUUUUUGGGAAUAACGUUUCUUGGAAUUGGACUGUGGGCGUGGAAUGAAAAAGGUGUCCUGUCCAAUAUCUCGUCCAUCACCGACCUCGGUGGCUUUGACCCAGUCUGGCUUUUCCUCGUGGUGGGAGGAGUGAUGUUCAUUCUGGGGUUUGCAGGGUGCAUCGGAGCACUGCGGGAAAACACCUUCCUUCUCAAGUUUUUUUCUGUGUUCCUGGGAAUUAUUUUCUUCCUGGAACUCACUGCUGGGGUGUUGGCAUUUGUUUUCAAAGACUGGAUCAAAGACCAGCUGUAUUUCUUUAUUAACAACAACAUCAGAGCCUACAGAGAUGACAUUGAUCUGCAGAACCUCAUAGACUUCACCCAGGAAUACUGGCAGUGCUGCGGGGCUUUUGGAGCUGACGAUUGGAACCUAAAUAUUUACUUCAACUGCACAGACUCCAAUGCAAGCCGAGAGCGAUGUGGUGUGCCAUUCUCCUGCUGCACUAAAGACCCCGCGGAAGACGUCAUCAACACUCAGUGUGGCUAUGAUGCCAGGCAAAAACCAGAAGUUGACCAACAGAUUGUGAUCUACACAAAAGGCUGUGUGCCCCAGUUUGAGAAGUGGCUACAGGACAAUUUAACCAUUGUGGCUGGUAUUUUCAUAGGAAUUGCACUGCUUCAGAUUUUUGGGAUAUGCCUGGCACAGAAUUUGGUGAGUGACAUUGAAGCUGUCAGGGCUAGCUGGUAGAACCCUGCAACCACUGCUGUCAGACACUGGACUGAUCCCCCCUCGCUGACUGACCCUCUGUGCGCCGGCCGGCUGAUGGCGGGUUGCAGAGACCUGGUCACAGGCUUGCAGUCUCACCCAAUGGAGCUGCCAAGAACUUAACUUUCUGCAGGGGUAGAACUUGGAAAUGCUGCUCACGGACGGUCCCUUGAACAAGAAAAAUGAAACAGCGUGCAAGUCACCGAGUCGCUGUGCGGUGAAUCUCUACUGUAGCCGUGAAUUGAUGGACAGAUGGAUGCUACCAGAAGGGGGGAAGGGGGAGGUUGGGCACCGCAUGUACUUGACUUUAUGGAGAAUACAGUGCUGUCCACAUCUUGGCUAAAACUUGGGUCCUUAUCCGCCAGGGCCAGGUGUCCUGAAAUCCCUCAAUGCACAUUUCCAGAAACUGUUGCAACUGUCCUCCAGAGAAGAAAACAGCGCCCCGGUGUUCAGAUUCUGCGAGGGGUGGAAGAGGUCAUUUACAGAGUCCGCUCUCCUUCCCAAGUUUACCCCUAAGAGAGCUGGGUGUUGGUGGCAAACUGAGGCCUUGAUCCACAUUUCCACAGGACUGAUCUUUCCUGAGUGGCCAGCCGGAGUCUGAGUUUUAUCAGUGACAUCUGAGGAGAAAAUGAGGUUAAUGAGAGACACUAAUUAAACACCCCCUCGCCCCACCUUAUCAGACUAUCUAUCGGGUUCUUCUGAUAUUCUGGAAUAUUCUGGGCUGCGUUUUGUGUUCUCUCUCUCUCUCUCUCUCUCUCUCUCUCUCUCUCUCUCUUUCUCUCUCUUUUUAUGACUGGUUGUUGUUUUGGUUCUUUUUUCGUCUCCCAAAGGCAAAGGCUAUAUGACACAGUCCUCUGUAAUGGUUUCCUAUUCAACUUAAACAGUAAGUUUCUGUAGACACUUCACCUGCAUGUACCGUGACGCCCCCAAACCCAUGUUCUUUUCAGAGAGACAUUUGCGAGUGUUUGUUGGUGUUCACGCCUUGGGUGGUCGUGGCAUGUUGUCCUAACUUUGUCUUCAUACGCCCCAUGGGCUCACUGCCUCUCCCAGCAUCCAGCUCGGCUUCUGUCCACUCCCCCAUCCUCCAUAAAGCCCAGUUCCAAAGCAGGGUUGUCACGGUCAAAAAGCAUUUAAUGGGGCUUUCCUUUCUUUUCUCUCUCUCUCUCUCUCUCUCUCUCUCUCUCUCUCUCUCUCUCUCUCUCUCCCUUUUUGCAACUUCAGUUUUGUUGUAUAUUAAAUAAAAAAGCAAGCCAAGUAUAGUGCAUGGCAGAGCUCUGUCCUCGCUGAGGUGGCCUCAGGGCAGUAACAAAGCACAAAUAUUUGUGAGUCUGCACCGAAAGCCCAGCCAGGGUUCUGUGAUGCUAGGUGGGAAGCCACCUCCGGGUCCUUCUCGUGCCCACCGGGAGGAUGGGAUUGAGCCCCAGGCUUUCACCCAGCUUGUGAUAACCCGUGGAUGUUGCUUUCAUGGGGAGCAGAUUUUAGUUUGUGGGUCGCUGGGAAGACCACAGCCUCUGUGAUAGCAGCUCCUCUUUCGCCAGCCAGCAUUCUGAGCAAUGCUAUUUUCCACGUCCACAGCACGUGCGUGCAUUGUGUGGCUGGUGGACACGGUCCACUCACAGGGAGGUCAGGCAUUCCUCUGAAGUCUCAUCUCCACAGUUUGGGUGUAUGUGGCCCUGCAUGUUUGUAUUGGUGUCUGUUGUAGGUAGAUAUAGUCAUUCCAUCCAUGGCUGUGAGGUCACGUGACUUCACCUCUGCCCAUACCACAGCCGUCGCUUGUGAUGCCCUUCAACAUGGACACGCGUGCUCUCGGAUUGGCACUUGUGUCUUCUUUAUUACCUCAUUCUCCAGUGAACUACAUCUGGCCAGUUGAUUCAGAAUCAGGCAAGAUCCCCACCCCGUGGCACAUACAGUGAAAGCCAAAACACAAGCCCAAGUGAGUUUUAAAUUUUAAUCACCCUUUAUUUUUUACACUCGAGAGUGAUUGUAAUAAAAGCUGUCAUUAAUAAACUCGGUUCUACCUUA